AUGGAGGUUUCUGCGGAGGAAGCAUUCUCCAGCGAUUGGGGAGAUAGAGUUUCAGAGAAGGUUGUGUUAGCUUAUAUAUCUCUGCCGAAGAAGGGAAAACCUCAGGGACGGGAAGUCACCGUCUUAUCCGCUUUCCUUGUCUCUUCUCCUUCCCAAGACCCGGAAGUGAUAGCGUUAGGGACGGGGACCAAGUGCGUUAGUCGGUCGCUGUUGAGUCCCCGUGGCGACAUUGUGAAUGAUUCUCAUGCCGAGGUUGUCGCCAGAAGAGCUCUGAUGAGGUUCUUCUAUUCCGAGAUUCAGAGGAUGCGAGGGGCUUCGGAUAAGAGAAAAUGUUGUAAUAAUGGAGCCAAGCGUCAGAGAAAUGAUGGCGAAACAAGUUCAAUAUUACUAGAGUUAGACCCAAGCUGUCCUGGAGAUGUGAAAUAUCAGCUCAAAUCUGGAUGCCAUUUGCAUUUGUACAUUUCUCAAUUGCCAUGUGGUUAUGCUUCUACUAGUUCACCCUUAUAUGCACUGAAAAAGAUUCCAUCAACACAAGUAGAUGAGUCACUGUUGGAUAAAGGUUCUCACAUUUGCUCCUCGGGGCAUUCUCAUGUCCCAGAGAUAGAUAAUGCCUCACGAGUAACAGACAUGGUACAAAGAAAGCCUGGUCGCGGUGAAACCACACUCUCUGUUAGCUGUUCAGAUAAGAUAGCUCGAUGGAAUGUUCUUGGAGUUCAAGGGGCAUUGCUUUCCCAAGUCCUUCAGCCUGUGUAUAUAUCUACCAUCACCGUUGGACAAUCUCUGCACUGCCCUGACAAUUUUUCUUUGGGUGAUCACUUGCGAAGAUCUUUGUAUGAGAGGAUUCUUCCAUUGUCGGAUGAGCUAAUGACUUCCUUCCGUUUGAACAAGCCACUCGUUUUUGUAGCUCCAGUACCACCAUCAGAAUUUCAGCAUUCAGAAACUGCUCAAGCUACCUUAACAUGCGGAUAUUCCUUGUGUUGGAACCAAUCUGGCUUACACGAAGUUAUUCUUGGAACAACUGGAAGAAAGCAAGGCACCUCAGCUAAAGGAGCUCUGUAUCCGUCUACUCAGUCGUCUAUAUGCAAACAGAGGUUACUGGAGCUAUUCCUGAAAGAAACUCAUGGACACGAAAGUGAAUCUUCUAAGGCAGAAAGAUCUUACCGAGAGCUGAAGGACAAAGCUACGGAAUAUUCUUUGAUGUCAAAGAUUUUUAAAGGAAAGCAUCCAUUCAACAAUUGGCUAACAAAGCCUUUGAGUUACGAGGAUUUUCUCAUAAAGUAG